AUGAACGUUGGGAGCUGUUGUGGCUUGGCACCAUUGUUGUUUGGUCGCAAGCUAUCCAAGAUGCAGACUAUUAAAGGCACGUCUUCUCCUAUAUUAAUCAGGAAUAGACCAUCUGUUAAUAAAUAUUCAGUAUCUAAGUCACCUAAAAACCAACAAACUACAAAAAUUUCGGGAUCGCCAAGGAUACCCAAGAAUCCAAAGGAUGUGAGGAGUGCGAAGAAGGAACCUUCACCGAAGUGGACGGGAAAUUUCAUCUUGAUGGUGGAGCUCAGGAAGAAGAUUCAGACUUUCAGGGACAUCAUUGAUAUUCCUCCUUGUGAUGCAUCUUCAUCGAUAACCGAUAUGGUGAUGCAAACGAUGAAGGAUCUCCAAAAACUUUGUCCAGAAAUCAUUCCAAGUACUUGGAUAUCAGAAGUUAAAGGAGCUGCAGGCAUGGAUCAGAUGCUAGUGUACUUCCAUGACAGUUUAAAAUCUAUUGGAGAUUCUUGGAUUAUGGACCCUGAUUGGACUCGUAAGUCUAAAUAUAAGUACAGCAGUGUGGGUAAAAACAGGUCUGAGCGAGUUGUUGAAAAUGUGUUGGCUAUGCUUGAUGGUUUGAUAAAGAUGACCAGAGAAAGAUUCGACAUAAUGGAUGAGGAAGAUGAAAAGAAAGAUUUCAGUAACAUGAAAACAUUUGGCAGAACCAUGGUUGAUUCUUAUUCAGACAGCAGCACCUCCUUCUGUCCUUCUCCUAGCACCCCAACCUCAGUUCUUCCGGAGCUAAUUGUUGGGUCUCCAAAAGGAGGAGAAAUUUGCGAACAUAGCUUCACAUCACCUGUUCUUUGGUCUCUACUUCAAGCACUCGAAAAGUUGAGUCCUGUCGAUGAUAAGCGUCUAGCAAUCCAUAAUUUGUCGCAAAAAGUGCUCAAGAUUUUUGGAUUGAUGAAACCACCUCCACCCCCUUUUCCAUGCCUAGUUUCGAGUCCUGUUGCAGAACCUGAUGCAAUAGGACGACCAAUGCCACCUCCACCACCACCGCCCAAUAGAGCAGGAGUUAUAUCAGUAAUACCACCACCUCCACCACCAAUGAUGUCGUCAAAAGCUGCAUUGCCACCACCAGCACCACCAAUGCAGUUUAUAAGUGGACCUGCACCUCCCCCUCCGCCCGGUGCUGCUAGAGUCUUGCGACCCAAGAAAGCACAAACUAAGUUGAGGCGAUCAAGCCACAUGGGUAAUCUCUAUAGGGUUCUGAAGAAAAAGGUUGAAGGUUGUAAUGUAGAAAAAAAAUCAGGUAAUGGAAAAAAAUGUGGUGGGAAGGUUGCAAUUAAUGGACAGCAAGGAAUGGCUGAUGCACUAGCAGAGAUGACAAGAAGGUCAGCGUAUUUCCAGCAAAUUGAAGAAGAUGUUCAGAAGUAUGCCAAUGCAAUCAAGGACCUCAAAAUUUUGAUUACUACCUUCGAAACUAAGGACAUGACCAAGCUUCUCGACUUCCACAGUAAAGUAGAAUCUGUGCUUGAGAAAUUAACAGAUGAAACACAGGUUCUCGCAAGAUUUGAAGGAUUUCCUCAUAAGAAGUUGGAAGCACUGCGAAUGGCAGCUGCACUGUUCUCAAAAUUAGAUACGGUUGUCCAUGAACUGCAAAAUUUGAAGAUAGAACCUCCAUUGUGCAAGAUCCUUGACAAGGUUGAACGAUAUUUCAGCAAGGUCAAAGGUGACAUAGAUGCAUUGGAAAGAAUCAAAGAUGAAGAAUCAAAGAAAUUCCAGAGCCACAAUAUCCAUUUUGACUUUCAUAUCAUUGUUCAAAUCAAGGAAUCAAUGGUGGAUGUUUCCUCAAAUUGCAUGGAGCUGGCACUUAAGGAAAGGCGAGAGGGUGCAAUGCAAUCAGAGGCCACUGACCAUCAAACCAAGAACAACAAGCGAAAGAAGGCUUGUGCGAAAAUGAUGUGGAGAGCUUUCCAAUUCGCAUUCAAGGUGUAUAAUUUCGCAGGUGGACACGAUGAGCGUGCUGAUCAUCUAACAAAAGAAUUGGCUCAUGAAAUUCAGAAUGAAUCCGUUCAGCACCAAUAA